CCACAUCAGAACAACGGAGCACAGCAGCCCCAGCACAGCCCGGCCGGGGCCGGCAUGGAGGCGGGCUGAGGGCCGGGCCCCCCAAGGACCCCCGAGGGAGGGGCCGUAUUAAGGAGGGGGUAGGAGCCCGUGUCCUUCAGAGCCACGACGGCAGCGGAGCGGUGAGUGGUGGGCGAUGCCAGGGGGUGCCCGCUUGUGGCUGUGCGCGGCCGUGCUGGGCUGCCUGUCGGCUGCGAGGCCCCUCCGGAGAGUUCUUGAAUGCCAUCCUGGUGGACAUCAGAUCCUGCAGAGUCCUUAUCGAAGUGUUGAUUUUGAUUCAUCCCACCUCCAGCAGUCUGCUAUUCAGGAUUUAAUAUGUGACCAUUCCCUAGCACCAGGAUGGUAUCGCUUUAUGAUUUUUGAUAAGCCUGCUGAGAUGCCAACCAAGUGUGUGGAGAUGAAUCACUGUGGUACUCAAGCCCCUGUCUGGUUGUCUCUAAAAGAGUCAGAAUCCAUGCCUCGUCCUGGUGAGAUCAAGCAGCUCACAGCCUGUGCAACAUGGAAGUUUUUCUUCAGCACUUCUAAAGACUGCUGCCUUUUUCGAAUCCCUGUCAGCGUGAGGAACUGUGGAGAUUUCUUUGUUUACUUACUACAACCCACGCAAGGAUGCAUGGGUUAUUGUGCAGAAGGUAAGGUUGCUCCUUCAACAUCUUCGUCUGUGUCACCACCACUACCAACCAUUCCUGAGGUUGCAGCAGAGUUGAUCAAAGGGAGUAUUUACCUAAGGUGUACCUUUGGCAUUCCUUUUGCAAACAGCUCAGUUGGAUUCGUUGUGACUUGGUCAAGACUAUCUCCUGAAGGCAUCAAAGAAGAACUGAGACGUGAGACGACAGUUCAUACAUUCUCACUCAUAGAGUUAGAUGGGAUAAACAUCAGACUUGGAGAAAGAGUCUACUGUAGCAGUUCUGCUUUCUUCAUGGAGAAGCCAAGCAUACAGAGCAGCCCAGUUGAGAGCGAGGAAUUUUUUGCUGGCAUUAAGAUACAUCCAGAAACGUAUGAGAUAUCAGAAGAUGGCAAGGAAUACAGACUGUCAAUAGAAAGCAGUAUCCCUAUUCCUUGUCAUGAAUUUAACCAGGUUGAAAGUGACUGCAGUAUAUCACUAAGACUGAAUACUGUUGAUGAAGGUAAAGAACAAUUAGGUUUAAACUUGGUUCUUUCUUCUUGUCGUGUGGAUCUUCUCCAGAAACCCUGCAGUAAUGGAAUCUGUAGUCAAGCUGCAGUUUAUUUCACUGCUGUGACAGACUUCAUGCAGGAUGGAGACAGAAUUACUAGAAUUGCUGUCGAACCUAUAUCCAGUGAGAAUUUCCUGUGGAAUGGCUAUGUUCCAGAAGGCAUAAAGAUCACAGUAAAGGAUCUACCAACUGCCUACUGCUACUCAUUUACUGACCCUCAUAUAAUUACGUUUGAUGGAAGACUCUAUGACAAUUUUAAAACAGGAACAUUUGUUCUCUACAAGAGUACAGCUCGAGAUUUUGAAGUUCAUGUUCGCCAGUGGGAUUGUGGAAGUCUUCGGUAUCCAGCAUCCUGUAACUGUGGCUUUGUCGCCAAAGAAAGAAGUGAUAUAAUUGCAUAUGACAUGUGCAGUGGUCAGCUACAUGAGUCACAACCACACUUAUCCAUAAUAAGCAGGGACACAACAGGAAGAAAUGUCAGAAUCACUGAAUCCUAUCUAGGAAGAAAAGUAACAGUUUUUUUUUCUUCUGGAGCUUUCAUUCGUGCUGAUGUGAGUGAAUGGGGAAUGAGUAUAACACUUAGGGCGCCCAGUUCAGAUUACAGAAAUACAAUGGGGCUCUGUGGCACCUUUGAUGGAAGUACAGCGAAUGACUAUCACACUGCCAAUGGGGUGGAAAUCCCAAACAAUUCUGAUGCUCUUUUUUCUUUUAUAAAGGAAUGGAGAAUUUCACCAGGAGGUAGCUUGUUUGACAAGACACCUGCUUCACUACCAUCUUCUAGGAAAAAGGUCUUCUGUGGCUGCACAUUUGAAGAUGCUGGAUUAGAUCCAUCUGUACAUAAACUAAAGGUGGUUUCUAAAUCAGAACCUCCCCUGUCUUGUAAAGAUAGUGAAAAUGGUAGAUUUCUUUCUUUGAUACCAGGACUGGAUGUCACUGAUGAGUAUCUCGGUCCUGUUGAUCUUGUCAAAGGCUUAAACAAACGUUCAUCUGUGCGUGAAAUGGAGUCCUCCACACUUCUGCAAAAGGAGGAUAAUCAAACCAAACUUCACCAAUCAUCAUCAGUAAACACACAUGUCUCUGCAACCUCAGAAAAAAGUUCUGAGGUAGAAAAAGAAGGAACUUCAAGCUCAGAUAUUAAAAGAAUUUCUGACAGUUACAGUAAACUUCAAAAAAGUAAAUCUGUUACAAGUAGAAGGAAGCGCCAAAGUUAUUACAAAUAUCAUCCAGAAUUUCUAUUCAAAAGUCUCAGUCAAACAGAUUUAGAGGGGUACAGGUACUUUUUCCCGGAGGACCACUCCACUGACAAAGACAAGAAGUUUUUUCCUUCUUGGCCCACACCUUCUGGCCUCACUGAGUCUAGCGCUCUGAGAUUGUGCCAGCAGGCAAUAGCCAAUUCCAGCAUAGGAAGAGCUUGUGGUGGCCUUCUUGGCAGAAGAAUGGAAGAUGCAAUCAGUAUCUGUGUUAAAGAUUUACUGUUGAAAGAUGACCUCAGAUGGGCAGAAGCUUCAUUAGCUCUUUUAGAGAAUGAAUGUGAGAAGAGAGUUUUAGAAGAAAUGAACUACAAUCAACAGGAACUUCAAGGGUUUGUUGAGAACCUGCUUAUUGCACUGAAGUGUCCCAGUCUGUGCAGUGGUAAUGGAGAAUGUACAGAAUGGGGCUGCGCGUGCUUUCAAGGCUAUGGUUCAUAUGACUGCAGUGUACUGUCUGACCAAACUCCAGAAAUUACAGAGCUGGAAAAUGCUGGACUGUGUGAUAUUCGUCAGUAUGACUGCACAUCAGUGAGGGCUUUUGGACAUGGUUUCAGGGAGUCAUCGAAUCUGAAGUGUGAAAUUAUCAGAUUGCAGUAUAUUGAUAGCCAGUGGAUUCCUGGAGAACCUCUAAUUAUGUCAGCUGCCUUCCAAAAUGUCAGGACUGUCGAGUGUGAGUUACCAAAUAAUGGCCCACAGUCUGAUGUCAUGGAUCUGGUUGAUGAUGAACCCAUUGCCUGGUGGAAAAUAAAGAUUUCUAAUGAUGGAUUAACUUACAGCAAUUCUAAAACAAUGAUAAUAUACGAUGGAGCCUGUCAGAUAUGUGAACUACAGGAAUCUGGAUUAUGUGCACUAAAGGAGAAAACAUGCAACAUAGAUGGACUCUGUUAUGGUGAAGGUGAUAUGAAUCCAACCAGCCCUUGCUUACUCUGCAGGCCUGACACAUCAAGGUUAACUUGGUCAGUUGCUGAAAACAACCAGCCUCCAGUGCUUGACACUUUGCAGGGUAUUCUACAGACUUUUUAUGGAGAAGAUUUUGUAUAUCAGUUUUUGGCUUCAGAUCCAGAAGGCUCUGCUAUUCUUUUCACAUUGGAGUCUGGUCCUGAAGGUGCCAGUCUUUCCCCAUCAGGUCUCCUUUUGUGGAAAGCUGUGUCAAAGAACCCCCAUAAAUUAACAUUUUCUUUGACAGAUGACUGCAAUGCGGAGACUAAGGUAGAAAUAGAGGUCAGGGUAAAUUCAUGUGAUUGCCUAAAUAAUGGCUCAUGUGUGACAAACAUUAAUUUCCCACCUGGAAGUGGGAGAUACCUGUGCAUGUGUGUGGCUGGAUUUGAAGGUGAUCUCUGUCAAGUGAAUACUGAUGACUGCAAACUCAACCAGUGUAGUACUGGCAAAUGCGUGGAUGGAAUAAACAGUUAUUACUGUGAAUGCCCACCUGGACUUCAAGGUGAAAAUUGUCAAGAUGACAUAGAUGAAUGUGCCUCCAACCCUUGCUUCCCUGGAGUAUUUUGCUUCAAUACUUUUGGUUCUUACUAUUGCGGUUCAUGCCCAAAUAAUCUAAAUGGAGAUGGGAAGUCAUGCUACGGUUUUGAACAGUCAUCAUUUGGCAAGGUCUUGAGCUCUGUUCCCAGUUCUACAGAUGUCCCCCAAAGAUUUAUUUCUAUAGAAAUGGACAAUAAUAGCACUCUAUCAGCCUCUGGAUCAAAAACAGUCACCACUGUGAAGCCAUAUAAUUCUCAGAGAAGUGCUUCUGUACAACCAGAUGUUACUGAAAACAUUGCUCAUACUAUUGGUAGCACCAGUGGACACCUUAAUGACACAGAAGGGGCUUCUCCAGAAAACACAGUGAUGACAGCUUCUCCAAGCAGCCAUGCUGUAUCAACUGAGAAGAAAAGGGCACAAGUUGAGGCCUACAGACAUUGGGAGUCUAUCAGGAAGCCUUCUCUUAGCAGAGAGAACACAAGCAAAAGGCUUUCUUUGUCACACAAAGUGUUUAAAGGUGGAAAUGCUCACAGAGUUCAGUACUUGUUAGCCAAGCAUAGACUGAGUCCUUUACCUUUUGCCCUUGUUGAAGUGACUGUCCCACCAGAACUGCUUCCUGAAGCUUCAGAUGAAAUAGUGCUUCCCAAAGCAGUAACCUGUGCUGAUCUACCUUGUUUUCCUGGAGUACCUUGUGAGUCAAGUCAGGAUGGUAGAGUCAAGUGUGGUCGUUGUCCUUAUGGUUACUAUGGAGAUGGCUUCAAUUGUAAAGCAAUAUGUAGACAAACAUGUGGCAAAAACAUGGAAUGUGUGGCACCCAAUAUUUGCAAAUGCAAGCCUGGCUAUGCUGGUUAUAACUGUCAGACAGCUCUAUGCAGACCUGAUUGCAAAAACCAUGGAAAGUGCAUUAAGCCCAAUGUCUGUGAAUGUCCACCAGGUUACAGUGGCUCCACUUGUGAAGAAGCACACUGUAAACCACCCUGUAAAAAUGGAGGGACAUGCUUGGCCAGAAAUCUCUGUACCUGCCCCUAUGGUUUUGUAGGACCAAGAUGUGAUACCAUGAUUUGCAACAGGCACUGUGAAAAUGGCGGUGAAUGUCUCACUCCAGACAUCUGCCAGUGUAAAUCUGGAUGGUACGGACCAACGUGCAGUACAGCAAUGUGUGACCCUGUAUGUCUCAAUGGUGGUUCCUGUACUAAGCCAGGUGUUUGUCUCUGCCCACAUGGAUUUUAUGGAGCCCAGUGUCAGAAUGCUGUCUGCACGCCGCCUUGUAAGAAUGGUGGCCACUGCAUGAGAAACAACAUUUGUACCUGUACUGAUGGUUACGCAGGCAGAAGAUGUGAAAAAAGUGUCUGUGAGCCAAGGUGCAUGAAUGGAGGAAGGUGCGUAGGGCCCAAUAUUUGCUCUUGUCCUUCAGGGUGGAGUGGAAAAAAAUGUAACACGCCAAUCUGUCUUCAGGAAUGUAAGAAUGGUGGAGAGUGCAUUGGACCAAGUACGUGUCAUUGUCCUCCACAGUGGGAAGGAAUCCAGUGUCAAACACCUGUGUGCAAUCAGAAGUGCUUGUUUGGAGGCAAGUGUGUGUCACCUAAUGUGUGCUCCUGCCGUCCUGGUUAUACUGGAGUCCUCUGUGAAAAGAAAGUUCAGGUAACUGCACUGUCAAGAUGUCAUGACAGACGUGGCAGUUUGAAAGCCAUUACUUAGCCCACUUGUCCAGAAAAGCAACACCAAAUAUACCAAGAGUGUUUUGUCUUCUUUCUUCAUUUCAGACUCCAGUGAGGGAAAGAUCCUAAAA